CUGCGCAAGCGCCUCAGGUGACCCUUCCCGAGAGUCGAACCUUUAUCCGCGGCCGCGGUGGGCGGGGGGAACGUUAGUUGCCGGGUCCGCCUGACGUCACAACUUUGGUCCGCAAUAAGAUAUUAAUUAACCAAAAGGACCUUUUGCCACUCUGAUUUCAUCCCUAAUUGUGGAAGUCAUGCGUUUCAGACAACGAGGAGGGAACCUGGGAUUGCUUCUGUUACUUAGCCAGAUAAUCCAAGUUGGAUUUGGUAAUAUUCCACCCAUUACGCUGAUAACAAUGGCGCUGAAUGUCUAUCUUUUCUUGUCACCAAUUAAGCCAUUAUUGGAUGUUUGCAUCAGUGUGCAUGAAACCUGGAACAGAAAAGAUUGGAAACGUCUCUUUUAUUCACCGUUUCACCAUGCCGAUGACUGGCACUUGUAUUUCAACAUGGUGUCUAUGUUGUACAAAGGGAUUAAAUUGGAGCCAAGGAUUGGCACCAGGUGGUUUGCCUACAUGUUGUCGGUGUUUUCUAUUGUGAUUGGAGUCGUUUACUUGGUCCUGGAAAAGCUCCUUGAAGAACUGAUGGAAGACCAUUCAUAUAAAAUGCAAUGUGCAGUUGGUUUCUCAGGUGUUUUAUUUGCUCUGAAAGUUGUGAACAACCAUUACAACCCUGGAAGCAUCAGUUACGUGUUGGGCUUCCCAGUGCAGGGACAGUAUGCAUGCUGGGCUGAGUUGAUAGCAAUUCAUUUGAUUGCUCCUGGGUCAUCUUUUGUUGGCCAUCUUUCUGGUAUUCUUGUUGGGUUACUAUACACCAAAGGGCCCUUGAAGAAUUUGAUGGAAGUGUGUGCUGAUGCUGUUUCAUCGAGUGCCUCUUCGAGACGACAAGUCAGAUUCAAUAACCGAGGAUACUCUGGUUACUACGAUUUUAGUUACUUUGGUUACAAUGAUGCCUCAAACUACAGGACAAACUAUACAGGAGGAAUGACUGAGGAGGAACAAUUAGAAACAGCAAUUCGGGCAAGUCUAAACGACUGUGGAGCCCCUGGCCAUGGCAGAAGACCAUACCCCUUUGGGAACCAAGGGCAACUCAGUGAAGAGGAAAUGAGGCAGAAAAGAAUUUAUCGAUUUGCAAGAUGAUUAUUGGCUCCAUCUUUCCACCUGUCACUGGUAUCCCAUUAUUGGGUUGCAUAUUGUCAUUGUUUGCACAGUUCUUACACAUUUUCAUGUAAAAUCCAUUCUGCAUUUUGCAAUCAGGAUUGCAGGUAUCUGCCGCGGUUAUUCCAUGUACUUGCUUUACGUAUCAUCAUAUGACUCGUCUGAAGUUUACUUUACAAUUUCUUCAAACAUUUUGAGUUUGGUUUGACACUGGUAGAAUGUUGACCAGGAAGUGCAAAGUUGAAAUCAAAUCUUAUCUACAGUGAAGCAUGAGUCACAUCAUAGUGGUUGUCUCUGGGAGAAGCAGCUGAACACUUUGCGCCAUGACUGGGUUCAGCAUUUAAAACUAGUUGCUAGGCUAACUGGUGGAGGUGAGCAUCCUAGCUGCACUGAAACCAUUGGAUGAGUGAACUGAAAUGAACCAAAUGGUCUUCCUCAUCCAGAAUUAUUUUGUCUCUGACGUCACUUGUAUUUGAAGGAAUCAUUGUAUUAUUUCCAACACGCCAGGCUAGAUGGGAAGGCACAGGCCAAGGCAUUGAGAGACAUUGAUUAGUGUACUGAUUCUCUGAUGCAUAACAGUUCACUGACAACACAGGUUCUCCAUGAAAUUUCCGAUGUGCUGUCCCAACCUGGAGAGUAAAGAAAGGCUUGUUUUUUUAAUGGCAGUUUUACAAUUUCUGUCAGAAAUGUCUCGACUUUCACAUGAAGAGUAUUAUAUAAGUGCUGUGGUUAUUUUGCUCAACUACUUUUUUAAGUUGGUAAGAAAAGGAAUUUAAAAAGCCAAUAAAGGCUUCAAUAUGGUAAAAUAAAUAAUUAAUUCUUAUAUGAAAUGAUUUUGUUUGUCUUUAUUUGGAAUUGAGUGUUGCUGCCACACUGUCUGCUCUCGAGUGGCAGGCUUCACUUCCUCCAAUAGCAGUGAUUCUAUUUUCUUGGUUAAUCUAGAAUGAGGCACAGGUGGAGACCCACACCCUUUACAAAAGUAAAUUUGACAAAUCCCAAAAUUAAAUACCAAAAGGUUCAGCUAAGAGUACAGUGGAAUGUUUUAUUUGUGAACAUUCUGUCUAUGGUAGUUAGUCCACUUUAAAGUCAGCCAUCUAACAUGGCAAUUGUGGCAUUUAGCAUGAAUUACAACAAAAGUCCUUUUCUUUGCCUUUACUGCAUCAAUGAUGAGGGAGACUGCAGUGUGUAAAAUCACAAUCACGAUAGUGGGUGAUGCAGUGGUUGUGAGGAACAUUGUAGUGUUGCUUGAAAACUAAUCAAGAAUAAUUUGCCUGUUAAAUCUGUUUAAUGUAUGGGUGGUUAAGGUGUGGGUGACUGACAAUUACUGGUAACUGAGCACAUGAAAAGUGAAUCUAUUUAGUUACAUUGUUUGUACGAAAGGAUUUCAUCUUAUUCAACCACUGUUUUGAGACUUUGUCAAUACACUCAAGUCCAAAAUCAAAAUGUAAUCACGAAUUUCGUGUUCAUCAUUCUGUAACCAGCUGAGUAAAUGGAAUGUGUGAUUUGCUGUAUUAUUUAAAGUAAUUUGGCAUUUUUUGAAUAUAUUCGUCACUUGUAUGAUUGUUUCGCUCCAUAGAUUAUGUACAAACACUACAAAUUAUUUUAUUUUCUUUAUUGCUACUCUCCAUUCAUGUCAGAAUUGGGUUUGAAAAUAUGAAUCAUGCGUUUUUAGAUCUGGUUACAAUCACUAGAAACCAAUUGAUUUUAAUUUUUCAAAGAGCCUUUUAUGUGGGCAGGAAAAGUUCUCUAAUUAUCUUUUCAGUGUUACAUGAUGUGUGCCUUAUGAAUCCUAGCUUUUUGAUUAUUACACUUGCAUUCAAUAAACACUGUGCACUUAUUAAUGUGACUUGCUAAUGUAGGUCAGGGAAGAGAACAGUUCAAAUGAAACUCAUCCAAACUCAAUGGAGCUGGAACACUACAGUCAGAGGGUUUCCUCCUCUGACCGCAUCUGAGCAGGAAAAUUACAGAGGCACUGCCAAGUUUCCUGAUUUAGAAAUGUCUUUCUUUUCAAUUUGUGAUAAUUGGAUCCCAGAGCCUUAAAAUGAGUUUGUAAUAUAACCAACAUUGGAUAAUUAUGUCUCUUUUUUUAUUUGGACAAAGAAAAAUAAAUAAUUAUUCA